AAAGCCUGUGGACUUCCAAACCACCACCUCUCUUCCAUGAAGGAGCACCUUAUCCUCCCCCUUUGUUUAUCAGGGACACAUAUAACCAAUCAAUACCUCAGCCGCCUCCUCGGAAAAUUAAGCGACCCAAACGAAAAAUGUACAGGGAAGAACCUACUUCAAUAAUGAAUGCUAUUAAACUACGAUCCAGGCAAGUCCUAUGUGACAAAUGUAAAAACAGUGUUGUUGCUGAAAAAAAGGAAAUUAGGAAAGGUAGUAGUGCAAGUGACUCUUUUAAGUAUGAAGAUAAAAAACGGAGAAAUGAAAGUGUAACUACUGUGAACAAGAAACUGAAAACUGAGCAUAAAGUGGAUGGGAAAAACCAAAAUGAAAGCCAGAAAAGAAAUGCUGUGGUUAAGGUCUCAAAUAUUGCUCACAGCAGAGGCAGAGUAGUCAAAGUUGCUGCUCAGGCAAAUACAUCAAAAGCUCAGCUAAGUACGAAGAAAGUGCUCCAGAGUAAGAACAUGGAUCAUGCAAAAGCUCGGGAAGUGUUGAAAAUUGCCAAAGAAAAGGCACAAAAGAAGCAAAGUGAAACCUCUACGUCCAAAAAUGCACAUUCGAAAGUCCAUUUUACACGUCGCUAUCAGAAUCCUAGCUCAGGUUCCCUUCCACCCCGGGUUCGUUUAAAACCACAAAGGUACAGGAAUGAAGAAAAUGACUCUUCUCUGAAGACAGGACUUGAGAAAAUUCGGAGUGGCAAGAUGGCACCCAAGCCCCAGUCUCGUUGCACCUCUACCCGCGCAGCAGGUGAGGCCCCUUCCGAAAAUCAGGGUCCCUCAGCAGGUCCUGAAGAGGCCAGCAGUGAGGUUCAGGACACAGAUGGAGUGCUUGUGCCUGGUGAGCAGGAUGAACCACAGACACUGGGCAAAAAGGGCAGCAGAAGCACUAUCUCUGUUUACAUGACCCUAAAUCAAAAGACAUCGGACUCGUCCAGUGCUUCAGUGUGUAGCAUUGAUAGCUCAGAUGACCUGAAGUCCUCUAACUCUGAGUGUAGUUCUUCUGAAAGCUUUGAUUUUCCUCCAGGCAGUAUGCAUGCACCUUCCACCUCCUCCACACCCUCCUCUUCAAAGGAAGAGAAAAAGCUCACUAAUUCUUUGAAAAUG